GGGAGGCCCGGCCCGGGGGGGGCUCGGCCCUGGCCGCGGGCGGCGGCGGCGCAACGGUGCCCGGAGCGGGUCCGGGUCGCGAUGCUGCGGCGAAAGCCGACGCGGCUGGAGCUGAAGCUGGACGACAUUGAGGAGUUCGAGAGCGUCCGGAAGGAGCUGGAGAGCCGCAAGAAGCAGCGGGAGGAGGCGGAGGCGGCGGCGGUCGGUGAGGAGGCGGCGGCGGCAGCAGCGGCGGCGGCGGCAGCGGCCAUCGCUUUGGGCACCGAUCACAAGAGCCGGGAGCAGAUCAUCAACGACCGCAUCGGCUACAAGCCGCAGCCCAAGGCCGGCGGCCGCACCGCCCACUUCGGCAACUUCGAGUUCUAAGGGAGGAGAGCGGCCUGAGCCCCGCGGCUGAGCGGGACACGGCGCUGGCAGCUCCCUGCCCCAGCCGGGAGGGGUCCCCGGGCCUCGGAUUUUCGCUUUGGUUUUUUGUUUUGGCUUUGUUUUGGUUUGUUUUUUUUUUUAAGCUGGGUUAACACAUCCCCGAGCGCCUCAUGGGCCAGAGUUUUGUUUUAAUAAACAUGUCUUUUACUUAAAAAA